GAAGAAAAAAAUAACUGGACUUUACAUAAACCAGAAGAAAAAAAGGAAAAGUGAGAGAGAGAGAGAGAGAGCAGUAGCUGGCUGUAAGAGGUUUCUCAUUCUCUGUCUGUCUCUCAGUCUUUCUGCUGCUCUGCUCUGAUCACACGCGUCGCUCUGACAGGCGGAGGACAUGAUGAUGAUGAUGAUGUUCCAGCUGCUCCUCCUGCUCCUCACCAUCGCUCCGCUCACGCAGGGGAUCCCAGGAUUCCAGGUGCGUCUGGUGGGCGGCACGAACAAGUUCGAGGGCCGGCUGGAGGUGCUGUAUAACGGCGAGUGGGGAACCGUGUGUGACGAUGAGGUCAACAUCAAUCUGGCCAAUGUGGUGUGUCGCGAACUGGGCUUUUCUCAUGGAGUCACCUGGGCUCACAGCGCCAAGUUCGGCGAGGGCCGCGGUCAGAUCUGGCUGGAUAAUGUCUGGUGUUCGGGCAGCGAGAGCUCUCUGUCGGAGUGCCGGUCGAACGGUUGGGGUGUGAGCGACUGCACUCACGCUGAAGAUCUGGGUGUCAUCUGCAGUCCAGAUCCACUCAGCCGGGGUCACAUCCCCCGUUUCAGAGAACCUCCUUCACCUGAGACCUCUAACCUGGUCUCGAACGUUCCACACCGCGGGCACGAGAUCGGCAUCCACCGCAGCGGCCGCGGCCCGUCCUCACCGCGGCUCAACGGCCAUCGAAUCAAUCUGCGCAGGAACGGGUUCGAGAGCGCCGUCACCCCGCGGGGACACAUGUUACCGGACUUCCUGCGCAGCAGAGCCUCCUAUAGACGAACACAUGAAGUGACGCCCACUGAGACCACACCAAACACUGAGAGACCAGCACCAGCGCCGGAGCCGGAGCCGGAGCCGGUGCCGGUGCCGGUUUACAGUCCUGAUCUCACUGUGGAGCACAGUAACAGGAUGGAUCUGGACUUCACUGACAUGGAUGAGCAGCUGCAGCUGGACGAGGUGCGUCUCCGACCCGUUCUGACCGUCCUUCAGAGCACUGCCAUGGUAACGGAGGGUGUGCUGGAGGUGAGGCAUGCUGGGAAAUGGAGGCAGGUGUGUAGUCAGGGCUGGGAUCUGAGCAGCAGUCGUGUGGUGUGUGGCAUGCUGGGAUUCCCGUCCGCGGAGCAGCACGACACACGCGUGUACCGGAAACUGUGGGACUCAAAGAUGGAGGAUCCAGCCACAAGGUCUGCGGCCCGUAAGAAGGCGUUCUGGGUCGAGCGGGUUCAGUGUUCGGGUUCGGAGGUGUCUCUGGCGCAGUGUCGAGCGCAGCUCUCCGUCCCGCGGCGCGACGUCCCCUGCUCCGGAGGGAUGCACGCGGUGGUGCGCUGUGUUCCCGGCGCUCAGUUCUCCAGAAGCACGCCCCCUCUGAACGUGAGUGCUGCACAAGAUCCAGCUGUGAGCCCUGGCUCCGGUGACGCGGCUCACGUGUCUGUGCUCCCGCAGCGGCGGUGCGUCUGAAGGGCCGGUGCGCGGCUGGGCGAGGGCCGGGUGGAGGUGCUCCGCGAGGGUAAGUGGGGGGGACCGUGUGUGACCAUCGGUGGGGACCUGACAGCGGCCAGCGUGGUGUGCAGAGAGCUGGGCUUCGGCUCGGCCAGAGAGGCCCCGCGAGGAGCGCUCAUGGGUCAAGGUACGGGUCCGAUCCACAUGAACGCGGUGCAGUGUUCGGGCCGGGAGAGCUCCAUCACACAGUGCCGCUCCCAGGAGGUGCCUCUGCGCUCAUGCAAACACUCCCAGGAUGCAUCUGUCCGCUGCAACGUCCCCAACACUGGCCUGAGCGCGACGGUGCGUCUGGCGGGGGGGCGGGAGGCGGCGGAGGGCCGGGUGGAGGUGCUGAUGGAGGUGAACGGUCAGCAGCGCUGGGGCUCCGUCUGCAGUGAGAACUGGGGCAUUAAUGAAGCCAUGGUGGUGUGUCGACAGCUCGGCUUCGGCUUCGCUUCCAGAGCCCAUCAGGACACCUGGUUCUGGCCCAGCAGCUCCGGGUCCGAGGACGUGCUUCUGAGCGGAACACACUGCAUCGGCACCGAGCUCUCCAUCCAGCAGUGCAACAGGAACGGACAGGUGUACUGCCCACGAGGGGGCGGAGCCAGAGCCGCCGGAGUCACCUGUGCCGACGCGGCUCCGGAUCUGGUGAUCGACGCGCAGCUGGUGCAGGAGUCUGCGUAUCUGGAGGACCGUCCGCUGCACCUGCUGACCUGCGCUCACGAGGAGAACUGUCUGUCGUCCUCCGCCGCGCGCAUGACCUGGCCCUACGGUCACCGCCGCCUGCUGCGCUUCUCCUCACGCAUCAUGAACCUCGGACGAGCCGACUUCAGACCGCGAGCCUCGCGAGAGUCCUGGACCUGUCACCAGUGCCACCGACACUACCACAGCAUCGAGGUCUUCACAAACUACGACCUCCUGACCCUGAACGGCACAAAAGUGGCGGAGGGUCACAAGGCCAGCUUCUGUCUGGAGGACACGUACUGCCCUGAAGGCCUGACUAAACGCUACGCCUGCUAUAACAUGGGCGAUCAGGGCAUCACUGUGGGCUGCUGGGAUACGUACCGCCACGACAUCGACUGCCAGUGGGUGGACAUCACCGACGUCCGGCCCGGAGACUACAUCUUCCAGGUGGAGGUCAAUCCAUCACUGGAUAUGGCCGAGUCUGACUUCCAGAAUAAUGUGAUGCGCUGCCGCUGCCGCUACGACGGAGGACGUGUUUAUCUGUACAGCUGCCACACGGGAGACGCUUACAGCGCAGAGGCAGAGGACCUGUUUGAACACCAGCAGCAGAUCUCAAACAACUUCCUCUGAUGAAGCCGCGGCGCUGCAGGACUGACGCUGGUUUCCUCUGAUCACCGCCGCCGCGAGGGGCGGAGUCUGCGUGUGUGGGUGGGGGGGGGGGUUAGUGUGAUGAUUGACAGGCGGGCGUUUACAGUUCAUUUGGGCCAGUAUUGAUGAAGCAGAAGAUCAGAAGAAGGGAUGAUGCUUCUUGAUGAGGCUCACAUUGAUUCAUCUUCUCAUCCCGUGAGAGUCACAGCUUUACAACAUUGAUUUGAAGUAAACUUUCUUUCACCAGUGUCAUUCUUCUUGUGCUCCUCAUUUUCAUAUUCAUUUCUCACAGUGUUGUUGUUUUUUAAGUGUUGUUUAGUUUGGUCUGUUGGAGAGAAGACAGAUGUUUAUUCCCUGUUUUUCAUUUUAAAAUCUCUCUGUAGUUCAGCGGUUCUCAACCAGGGUCUCAAAGUAUUUCAAAUACCUUAUAAGUUUUUUAAAACAUUAAAAUUAACUCAAUAAAAAAGCUGAUUUUUAUUUUAUUUUUUUGUUGAAAAAUUUAAAUAAUCUAACUCAAAUUGCUAAAAUAAAUAAUUUAAAAUAUUUUUAUCUCUCUAAAAGAAAAUUAUGUAAAUUAAAAUGCUUUAAAAAAAAAAUUGAACGUUUUUUCCCGCUUCAAUAAUCAUUCUUUUAUUGAAGAAGAUUUUUUUUACUC